AUGAAGUUCCUCGGCCAUCAGAGACUCUCAAAGAACCCCUUCCGGGAUAAUAGCAUAACACUUCUCGUCUCAUCACUCCUUCUCGCCGCGCCUAUUACUGUGUUUUUGCUCCAUUGCGUUUAUCAGACUUACUACCGCAAAGGCGCGCACUGGAGUCACAACCAUGACAUUCUUGAAUUCAACACUCACCAAGAGCCGGAUGUGUUGUUAUAUGUUGCGUCCUACAGUGGACUUGUCACGACGUUAAAUCUCUCCCUUGCUGAGUAUCGGGAUACACCUGUGAAACUUGAAACAUUGUCCACAACAGAUGGGUGUGCUGGAAGCCCUUCAUGGCUCACACUCGACUGGUAUAACGGAGUGCUCUAUUGCACCGAUGAAGGACUCAAAGACGGCAAGCAUGGGUCGUUGGCAUCCUUCGCAACACACGAGAACGGCACUUUGACACUUUUGGCAAAGACUUCUACAGUCUUUGGCCCUGUGAGUGCGGUCAUGUAUGGCGAGUGGGAUUACGGUGGCGGUUCGGCAUUUACGACUUGGGACAUCCAAGAUCCAGCAAAUCUCACGUCGCUCAAUGUCCAACAGUUCAGCCUUCCCGAGCCUGGUCCGGACCCUUCAAGACAGGAGGCUCCACAUCCCCAUGCUGCAGUCGUUGAUCCGAGCAAACGAUUUAUUCUUGUUCCCGAUCUGGGAGCAGAUAUGAUUCACAUAUACGGCGUUGGGUUCGGAGAUCUGGGCCUGUCCAAGCUUGAUCCAUUGGUCGUUGCUCCCGGCACCGGGCCCCGACAUAUCGCCUUCGUAGUCAAGGAGACCAAGACAUUCAUGUACCUGGUCACCGAGCUGGCCAAUACCAUUAUCGGCUACGAAGUCGUGUAUGGUGGCGAUUUUAUCAGGUUCAAGGAAAUAUGGAACAGUGGCAUCCAUGGAGAAAGCAAAGACGUGCCGCAAGGCGCUGCAGCCGCCGAGAUUGUAGUAUCACCGGACAGAAAAUUCCUGGUCGUCUCGUCUCGUAAUGAAAGCGCUCUCCAAGUUCCUGACUUUGACACCAACAGCGGCACUAUAGCAUCUGAUCCUUUAGUGAGUUUCAAAAUUGACUCGGAAACCGGGCAUCUCACUCUCCAACAAGAUAUUCCAUGUGGAGGCAGAUUUCCUCGUCACUUCUCUAUCAACAAGGCGGGAACGUUGGUAGCAGUGGCUCUUCAAAGCGACAGCCGUGUCGUCAUUAUUGAGAGGGAUGCCAAAACUGGAAUCCUGGGUAAUUUCAUCGCCUAUGCAGAGGUGAAAGGCGAAGUUACAGCCGUGGUCUUCUACGAGUGA